AUGGCCACAGCUGAAGCCCGGCCUCGUCCGGCUAUAGAACCCAUCCGAACAUCCGGCCCUGGUCUCACUGUUCGAUCUCUGCGACCCCGUAUCAUUCAGAAGAGCCCUUCUUGGACCCCUUCGCCUCUCUCGCCUCGCAGUCUCCCCCUUCCACGACUUCAGGAGGUGAGAGAUGAGGAUAUCGAACAACAUGACGCGAUGGACAUCGACUCGCAAGAACCUCAAAAGCGUGAUCCUUCAAAGCUUGAACCCAGCCUCCGCAAUGUUUCUCUGCGGCCUAUUACAGAAAUGCCCCUCCCAAGUCCAAGUCCCAGUACCUUGCCGCCUCGGCCGUCGCCUCUCUCGGCGCCACUCUGUGCACCUCCAGUCUUUCGAAGGCCGACUCUUGCAGAAGAGUCGAGAAACAUGCUCCUGCGCGAGUCGGAUGCUGAGCAACGCCGGGACUCCGCUCCUCUGGAAUAUGAGCGUCGACAGUCUGCGCCUGGUGGUGCUGCCCAUGCAAGAGCGUUGCAACUUGCUCGACACCGAGAUCACCUUCGUCGCCGGUGGAUGACAGGGUCAUAUAGAUCUCGCGAAUCUGAGAUAUUGGUGUUGCCUGUCGAACUCCGUCGCUUUUCUCUUAUGUCGUCCAGUGAUGCAGAACCACCUUCGCCAUACCCUGUGGAUGGCCGUCUGACCACCCGUGUUGCUGUCCAUUCCCCUGGCAAGAAGACAUUGGUACUCACGAGAACCUUCGACUUGGAUGAGUUAAGAGCCACACUUCCAGCUAUCAGCUCUACCGAAAGAAUCGAGGAAGUUCGGCGCGCAUCAGUUGUAACUCUCCAUCCUCCCCCUCACAACUCUCGACCAUCAUCCCCUGGACUCUCACACGAAAGACGCCACUCUUUUGGCGCUCUUCCGAGAACUACUUCUAGCCGCUCACCAUCGUCUGAGCGAAGAGGUUCGCGGCAGGGUCUCCGUCCUGUUGCUAUACGCCUAAACUAUGCUCGCCGAUAUCUCCCUGUUCUGGCCGCCAUCAUGCUUUCCGAGAUCGUUCGUCCCGGUGACACGGUAGAGCUUCCGCUCCCGCACCCUUAUGCCUGGGAAGACACUGUUGCACACGUUUACACCGGGCGAGUUGCACUUACUGAACACAUCAGACAGAACAUUUUGUACCUCGGAGGAUCAAUGUGA